AUGGUGAACAUUCCGAAGACAAAGAAGACUUACUGCAAGAACAAGGAAUGCAAGAAGCAUACAUUGCACAAGGUGACCCAAUACAAGAAGGGCAAAGACAGUCUCGCUGCUCAGGGAAAGCGUCGUUAUGACCGUAAGCAGUCUGGUUAUGGUGGUCAGACUAAGCCUGUCUUCCACAAGAAGGCUAAGACCACGAAGAAGAUUGUCCUGAGGCUUCAGUGCCAAACCUGCAAGCAUUUCUCUCAGCAUUCAAUCAAGAGGUGCAAGCAUUUCGAGAUCGGUGGAGACAAAAAGGGCAAGGGAACAUCUCUUUUCUAA